GUCCAUUAACGUUUAGUAAGUAAUCAAGAAUAUAAUAAUACAUACAGUUUUAAUAAGGAGUAAAACGUCAUAAUACCAAACGGUGCAAUCACUCUCAGGGAAAAUAAAGUUCAGUAAUUAUUUCGUUAUAUUUUACCUAGGCAAUUCAAAAUCAAUAAUCUACCUACUUACUUAAAAUGCACUGAGGGAAAAUGAAAAUAAAAAAUAUGCUUGUGUAGAUAAAACAGUAUUUGAUAUAUGAGUAAAAAUUGGAGUGUAAUUUAACAAAUAGUAAUAUUUUUUUAGGCAUUGUUAGUCAUUUCACAAACACCAAGAAACAAGAUGAUCGACUAUGUAAAGAAUUUAGAAUCAGUAGAACACAGCAAAAUUUUAGUUAAAGAUCCAGAUGAACUAAAUAAAAAACUUGAAAAUUUCAUAUGUGGCGGGUAUGAACACCUAUCGAUUAUAUCUGACUAUGAUCAGACUAUCACAAAACAACAUGUAAAUGGAAAGUCACAAUUACAUGCUUUUGGUAUAUUACAAAGAUGUCCUUCAAUUCCAUCCGAAGUUUACAAAAUUGUUAGUAACAUUACAGAAACGUACAAACCGUUAGAUAGAAAUCUCAGUAUACCAGAAUCACAACGUAAAAUAUUUAUGAACGAAUGGUGGACCAAAACCAUUGAAGCUUACAAAGGAUUGAAAAUUAGUUCAGAAGAAAUGGUUAAUACUACAUUAAAAUAUGGCCCUCCAGCAAGGGAUAAUGCUAAGGAAUUUUUUGACCUGUUAAAUAAAGCAAAUGUACCUGUGCUUUUAAUUUCAGCCGGGGUGGGAGAAUUUUUAGAACCUCUCCUUAUAAAAAUGAAUAUAUGCAGUCCUAAUGUUGAGUUAUUGACAAACUAUUUAAAACUAGAUGAGGAUGGAAAAAUUGUCGGUUAUAAAGCAUCUCCAAUCCAUACAGAAAAUAAAAAUAUACUCGAUUUCAAGAAUACAAAAUUUUAUGGAAAAAUUGGAAACAGGCAUAAUGUUAUUGUUAUGGGAGACCAUCUAGGUGAUGUAGCGGUUCUUGACAAUCUGGAUAAAGUAGAAAAUGUUUUGAAAAUAGGAUUUUUCUAUGGAAAUAACGAAUCGUCAUUACCAACUUGGUUGAACACUUAUGAUAUAGUGUUGAAAGACGACCAAACGAUGGAUGUUCCUAUAGCUAUCCUUAAAUUGUUAAAAUAAAUAAAUUUUUGUUAAUAAAUAUUUAUAUAUUUGC